AUGAAUAAAGAACAAAAACUUGAAGAACUCAAAAAAGAAUUACAAGAAUUAAAUGACGAGUAUAAAUCAAUAAUAGAACAAGAUUAUAAAAAAUAUAACCAUAACACUAUUGCUCAACAAUUAAAAUAUAAUCAACCGAUACAAGUAACUAAAGGAGAAAUAGAACUAAAAUUAGAUUAUCUACUCAAAACAAUUUGUAAAGAAAAUAUUGAAAAAACUAUCAACCAACUAGAAAACCAACAACUAGAAGAAAAGAAUAUUCUGAUAUUCAAACAACAAAUCGAACAACUUAAUCAAACAAAAGAAAAAUAUUUUCAAGACUACGAGAUUGCUAAAAAACAAAGAGAAUUUUUAUGA